UUCUGUAAAUAUGUUGUCGAACUUCUGUAGUUUGCGUUAUAGAUUUAUUUUUUAUUCAACCGUACAUGUUGUAAGAAAACAAUCAUCUGAGCUCUGCCAAUUACUCAAUGAAAAAAUACGGCUUGGCGAACUUUCGGAUGAUGCUUUUCAAAGAAAAGUCACCGAAAGUUUACAACGUGUGUAUGAUGAUGUUAAGCAGUAUUCUCCUAGAACGAGUUUUUGGCCAAAAAUGUUUCAGAAAAAGUUAAAAGCACCAAAGGGUUUGUACAUCUACGGUGCGGUGGGUGGAGGAAAAACCAUGUUGAUGGAUAUGUUUUUCGAAUGCUGUAAGGUUAAUGGUAAGAAGCGUGUUCAUUUCCAUUCUUUUAUGAUGGAUGUCCAUUCACAAAUUCAUGAACUUAAGAAAAAUGUGGUUAGAGACCCUACAAGCACAAAACCACAACCAUUUGAUCCUAUUGCACCUGUAGCUGAAGCCAUGAGUCAAGAGUCAUGGCUUAUUUGCUUUGAUGAGUUUCAGGUUACCGAUGUUGCUGAUGCUAUGAUCCUGAAACGUCUCUUUAUUGAACUCUUCUGCCGUGGAACUGUUGUUGUAGCAACUAGCAACAGACCUCCAGAUGAUCUAUACAAGAAUGGUCUUCAGAGGUCAAAUUUUGUUCCGUUUAUUAAAGUUUUAAAGGAUCAUUGUGAAGUUGUGUCCUUGGAUUCGGGUGUUGAUUAUAGAGUGAAAUCAAUCAAAGGACGUGGCAACUGGUACUUUGUUAAAAACAAGUGCAAUGCAGAUGAAGAAAUGAACAGAAUUUUUAAGUACUUAUGUUCUCAAGAGAACGACAUUGUUAGACCCUGUGUUCUAAGGAUAAAAGCCCGUGAUGUGCGUUUUGACAAAACAUGUGGCCAAGUGAUGGAUACAACAUUUGUGGAAUUAUGUGACAGGGUUCGCAUAGUGAUCUCUUCUGAUGUGCCCAUCAGUGAAUUAUUUGUUUCUGACGUGAAACCAGAAGCGGAAUCUGAUGAACAGAGGAUGCUCAUGGAUGAUCUCAACAUUCAGCCAGGAUCUGAAAAUGCUUCAGCCAACAUUUUUACUGGAGCAGAAGAAAUAUUUGCUUUUGACAGAACAGUGUCCCGAUUGUCAGAAAUGCAGACUCAAGAAUAUUGGGAACAGUGGGAAAAAAGAAGAUGAUACUGCGCUGUUACUUGAUUGACUAUAGUACUUAUUACUCCCGGUACAAAAGUUAUUGUACAACAGCUUUAAAAUGCAUUAUAAACUAAGAGUUUUAUUGAUUAGGUGAUUUUAGAUGUAUAUAUAAAACAGAUUAUAAAUUGUUUUUUAAAUAAUCAGUAUUUUUGGCUGUUAAAAUGUUGUUUAAUGGAUUAUUUUUGGUUUUAUUAGUUAACUAUGUAUAUUGUAUUAACUGUUAAAAGAAAUUAUUUAUUUGUGAAUAGGACAGCAUGUGUUUACCUAUAUAGAAGCAUUAGUGAUGAAUACAUGAAUGUAAAAAGGGUAAAUUUGAGAAGUCUUAUGAAUUAUAUUUGCUUAUAACAAUAACUUGUAAGCUUCCUUUGUAAACCAAAUUUUCUUUUUAAUAUAUGGCAAUUAUUGAGCAUGUAUUGUAUGAAUGUGUGUCCACAUACCUGGUAGGUACAGUAUAAUUCCACUUUGUCACAGUUUUAAAUGCACGUUAAUGCUCAAUAAUGCAUUGUAAUUGGUGAUGUGAUUGCUCCACUAUGUUCUUGUCAUCAUUUAUGGUUCUUCGCAUAAUUUCUCAAAUCGACUACUUCCACCACCAAUUUUAUUUUCAUUGUCAGUGCAAUAACAAACAUAAAUCACCCACAUUUGUUUCCCAAGUUUGUAUAUUUUUAUUUGAUAUGUGAAAGAAAUUAUAAUUAAUAACCAA